AUGAGCAGCAGCGACUUAAACGACGCGAGCAGCAGCUCCGAUGAAGAGGACUAUUUCUUUGGUCGCAUGGAGAGCGAUGACCUGUUUAAAGAGACGGAUGUGCAGCAGGCUAAACGUCGUGAAGCUGAUCGAUACGUAAAGCAGUAUGCGGAGCGGGACUGGGGGUUGGCUGCCCGACAACGGUGUGUUCAGGGCGCCGACAAGGACGUCGUGACGGAGAACGUCCUCGAGCUUCGCACUGAUAGAAAAAUAGUCUUUAAGGAGAAACAGGGACAGCAAGCCAAGGUCUGGGACUGUGCUUUGGUGUUAGCCAAGUUCCUAACAAAUGACACGUACUUCCCUCAUGACUUUUUCACGAACAAGCGCGUGAUUGAAUUGGGCUGUGGCAUUGGCGUGCCUGGCUUGGCCGCUGCUGCAUUAGGUGCCAAGGAGGUCAUUUUGACUGAUAUGCCCAUGGCGAUUCCCUGGAUCCAAGCCAACAUUGAGCAGAAUCAGAUGCUUGGUUUGAUUGCCGGCAAUGUGGUUGCCCAGGGAUUAAUGUGGGGCAAGCAGGAGGCAUUGGCAUUGCAGCAUUUUGACAUCAUUCUAUGCUCAGACCUGGUCUACGGCCAGCGUGACAUUUCGCUCAUGCUGGUGCAGACAAUUGUGCAGUUGUCACACCCCAAUACGUUAGUGAUUGUUGCGCAUGAAGCUAGAUUUGCUGGAGAUCGAGGGCAUUCUUUCUUUGCAUUAUUAUGCAAACAUCAUUUCCAAGUGGAUCAAGUGCCACGUGAACAUCUCGAUGUCGUCUACAAUGCCAUUAACAUGCACCUGCAUCUGAUUCGACCUCCACAGACUCAGACUUUACCUUACUAA